AUGAGUCAAGUGAAGGAGAUACACGACUUGACGGAUAGCGAGGAAGGCCAGCAGAUCAUGAAGAGCUUGAACCGCUUGAAUUACAAGCAGGGAAGCAGUGCAUUCAUCGAAACCGACCACAUACUACGAAUUCCUACUCCAGCGAAGAGGCGACAAAUCGAAUACCCGAACUUCGAUAGGCAGUACAUACAGAACAUCAAUAUCCCGUCCACUGCUAAGACGGAGGGUGACAACGACCAAAACCUAAGCCAAGACGACAAUUAUCACUUCCUGAUGAGCUUAUUGCCGUACCUGCGCGAAGUGCCUAAAAACAGGAAAAUGGCGAUCCGACACAAAUUGCAGAGCGUGUUUGUCGAGGAACAGGAGCGGAAAAGUGGAGGUAGAAACAUUAAUGUGAACCACUCCAACUUAAAUAAUGUUCACACGCCGUUUGCCAACAUGUCCAUGGUGAAUCCCAUGAACCAGCAGACUCCGAGGCUUCCACCACCUCCAUAUCCUUAUAAACAAAACGUCUUCCACAACUAUGUUCCGUCGGCGUCGGUGCAGCCAAUGCCAAAAGCCACACCCUCGACGUCUACGCUCCUUGGCAAUCUUAUCGUCCAGCAGCAGCCGAUUUUUCCGGAACACCCGGUGUCGGUCGGUCUGCCGAGUGAACAUCAGCAAUCCUACAACGCUAAGGCCAAUAACCACGCCAACAACAACGGCUCUUUUGGCUCCAACGCCCCCGCCAUGCACAACAACAACAACAACAACGCCAAUAACAACAACUACUAUUUUGGCUACAAUGCCACCGCCAUGCACAACAAUAACGCCAACAAAAACGCCAACAACGCCAACAACAACAACAACAUCAACAACAACAACAUCAACGCCAACAACAAUGCCAACAACAACAACGCCAUCAACAACGCCAACAACAACAACGCCAUCAACAACGCCAACAACAACGACCCCUAUGUUGGCUACAACGCCACUACCACCUUGGACAACAACAACAGCCUAUAUUAUUUGUAG